CAAAAACCGAUCUCCGGGGAAUUUAACCCAUCCACUCACUCUGACUCUUUGAUGUCCUUGAUGACCUUGUCUACUCCGUAUUUUGGGCUAUUUUGCCAAAUAUCCCCAGACCCGUCUUCCCCGUAACCUCUACCCCGCACCCCGCAUACUUUCGUACACACAUCAAGGUCCGAUGUGGUUGGGAGCGGCAUCCUUGACGGCACGGCCGUACUUUUGACAGCCUACUCCACAGCUACUAUGGCACAUAUCUCGGUACUACAACACUCCAAGCUCGGUCUUCACCGAGAUGCACACCACACUACGAAUGAAGUACAAACAAACUGCCGUGUAAAUGUCCGUUUGAUCCCCGCCAAACGGGGCCACUCUCCUCCUCCAUCGCCUCCAUCUCCUCCAUGAAGUUUAUUUUCCUCGGCCACACUCUUAUCCAGAAAAGCGCCGGCCGGUACUCUGCAGACCAGCAUUCCCUCCCACCACUUGGCCAAAUGCAGUAGCUUCUCACCGAUGAUCUUUGAUGAAUACGUGCAGACCUAGUCAGUGUUGCACCAUGAAGGCAAGCACCACCGGCCUCUGUCCAUAUGCGAGACGUGCAGGAGAGAGCUCUCGCAGCUCCUCCUACCCUGGUCGAUUGAACGUCACCUGGUACUCUAUAAGAACGUAAUGCCGCCUUGAAUUCGCUGAUGCCCGCCCUCCUUUAGACGCCCUCUAAAUACCCCGCAACGCUGUUGAAUUUACCUUCGUGCAAGAAAGGCUUUUGGUAUUCUCGCGAGACGUCGGCUCCCCCCUCGUCGCAAUGGAUAUUCCAAACACAAACGCUGCCAGGGCCGACUCCAAGGCCGACCUAAAGACUGAAUCUAAAUCCGACGAAGAAUAUGAAGCGGGUGCUGUGGAGCAUUUGGACUCGGACAAGCAGGCCCUUCCCUAUGUCCAAGAAGUUCCUACCGAGGGUGUUCGACGGGCAAUCGCUCCCCCGGCGCUGGUGGCCGCCAUGACCCCAGAGCGGAGGGCGGCGGCAGAGAAGGCGCUCGUGAGGAAGGUCGAUUUGAGACUCAUGCCAAUGAUUGUCCUCAUGUACAUCAUGAACUACCUGGACCGCAACAAUAUUGCAGCGGCUCGAUUGGGAGCUCUUGAAGAGGAUUUGAAUCUACAGGGCAACGAGUAUGCCACAUGUAUUAGUAUUCUGUUCGUGGGCUACGUUCUGAUGCAAAUCCCAUCCAAUUUAUAUCUCAACAAAAUCGGAAAGCCUGCCGUCUUCCUGCCGUCAUGUAUGGUUGUCUGGGGCGUCAUAUCUACCGCCACAGCAGCCUGCCAUAACUUCGGGGGCCUGGUGGCUUGUAGGUUCAUGCUCGGCUUUGUGGAAGCAGCAUACUUCCCUGGAUGUCUUUAUUACCUAUCGUGUUGGUAUACACGUGCGGAACUCGGCUUCCGUUAUUCAAUUCUUUAUUCCGGGGCUCUCAUCAGUGGAGCCUUCUCGGGGCUGAUGGCAGCUGGGAUCGUCGGAAACAUGGACCAUCUCCACGGCCUCCGUUCCUGGCGCUGGCUAUUUAUCAUUGAGGGCACAAUCACGAUCGGUAUUGCCGCCGCUGCCUUCCUUAUUCUACCCAACUUUCCCCGCACAACAAUGUGGCUAUCCGAGGAAGAGCGUCAGCUUGCUGCGUGGAGAAUGGAGGAAGAUAUCGGUGAAGAUGAUUGGGUCGACAGCGAAAGCCAGUCGUUCUUGAAUGGUAUCAAGCUUGCGUUAAGCGACAUCAAGACCUGGAUUCUGCUGGUCAUUCUGUUUGGCAUCGUCUCGUCCGGCUCCGUGACGAGCUUCUUCCCCUCUGUCGUUGGGUCGCUCAACUUUACUCCUGUCCAGACUCUACUUCUCACGGUCCCCCCUUAUGUUCUCUGCGUAAUCACCACCUACAUCAACGCAUGGCACGCCGACCGCACCGGAGAGAGGUUCUAUCACAUCGUGCUACCACUUACUGUUGCCGUCAUCGCGUUCAUCCUCGCUGCCGCUACCACCUCUACCGCCCCACGAUACGUGGCCAUGAUGUUGAUGAUUCCCGGAUUAUACUGUGGCUACACCGUCGCCCUUGGCUGGAUCAGCAAUACGUUGCCACGCCCAGCGGCUAAGAGAGCUGCUGCACUCGCAUUCAUAAACUGCAUCAGCAACAUCGCUUCGAUAUACACUAGUUACAUGUACAUCAAGCCCAAGUUCACCAUUGCUAUGAUUGUCAACUGCAUCACGGCGGCCAUGUCCAUCCUCACGGCGACAGGACUACGGUUCAUGUUGAUCCGAUUGAACAAACAGAUGGAUGCUGCAGAUGUUGGAGUAGUUGUUUCGGAAGGCGAAGAGGUUGAUCAACACGGUGUCCCGAUCAACGCAGCGAAGGGCGGAUUUAGAUAUAAAUACUAAGCGUCUUAUAAUGUUGGGCGGUGGAAGAUCAUGGCAAUGGCUGAGGCUGUGGUGAAUAUGAUACCAGGAGGGCACGUUGGAUUGAACGCUGGAGAUAUACCAAAGAACCAAAUUGCCAAAUCAUUAAAUGCCAUAGUUUGAUCAUUAGAAUUGGCAACUACCUCAUUAACUUAUUAAGUGCAUAUUUCACGCCGGAUGCAUGUUCCAUAGCCCAUCGAGCCCUGAUAUUUGAAGUCUAACCUCAACGCCGCGCCUGAAAAGGGACUGUGUCGUACAACUCCGGUUCAUCAAUAUCUUGAUGUCAUGCUUCCGUCUUAUCAUUUCUGUUCGUGUUUGUUGAUCAAAAUAAUGCGCCGUGCUCCAGAAACUCAAAACUAACCCGCCAACUUUGGAGCAUAACCAGGAUGGGUGUUUUCACAUUCUCUCUUGCACCUGGUGCACACCCACCACCGUGUUCGUGUAAUGCGCCAUACUCC